CUGCGUCGUGCGCCGUCGUGUUAUCGUUCUGUCCAACACAAAGUCUCUAUUUCCUCGUUGAUCGUGAGUUCCAACAGCAAUGUCGCAGCUAGACAAGAAGAGCAGCAAGAAGAGCGUCCCAGAGGGCGCCAAUGGCAAGGCCGAAACCGCAGGCAGUGGGAUUGCGAGGAGCAAAAUGAGCAAGUUUAAGAAAAUCCGUGGGUUCUUGAGAGGAGGGUCCAAGAGGAACAAAAAGGACGCCGCCACCACCAAGCUCCCCGAGUCCCCAACCAAAGCUCUGUUACCAACCGACGAAGAAGAUGCUGCUUCCAUUUACAACGUUGACAUUGAUGACCAGAGUAUCGCGAGCACUGCGGAGCAGACGAGGGCGACUGACGCCAGCACUUUCUUGCUCGGGUCGAAUGAUGAGGAGCAAUUGAACGAGGAUAACGACUCCUUCUUCGCGCCGGCCCGGACGUCUUAUAAAUUAAAAGUCGUCUUGCUCCUUAUGGACCCUGCAACCCGUCGUUUUGAACUCUUGCAACUCGAGUUUGAUUCGAUGAAGGCGAUUGUUUCAGAUGUGCUUGCUCAAAUCCCUCUAUCGGUAACGGAGAAGUCUCUACGUUUCCAGGUCUAUACCGGAAUUGUUGGCCAAUCAGGAAAGGAGCUGACCUCGUCGCAGCUUCUGUCUGGUUUCUGCAAGGGCAACGACAUACUUGUAGCGAUUCCUCAAGGAUAUUCGGCCAGCGACUCUGCCAGAUUGGCCCACCCCAUUCUUGGAGAUUCCAGAGUAGACCGCAUGCUCGUGGCAAGUGGAAUUGACACCAAUCCAUGGUGUGACGAGGCCAAGAAGCAAAAGAAAGGGGACAACAAGUCACGUAAGGAUGUCCCGACCGACGCCGCUACCGCUGCCCCCUCGAUCAAGUCACACUCCGAUUUUGCCGAAGAUACAGCAACUGAGGACUCUGAUGCUACGAAGGAGUCCUUGGCAUCUUCUUUCGGCAAAAUUGUACUUUGGAUGGGUGUCGUGGCCGUCUUGGCUGCUUUGCACGUCUACAUGUCCACCCCAUUGACUCGCGGACAAGUAGUGCCGCCUGGUGCCUGGCUGAGCUACUGUGGUCUCUUGCCGUUUGACCCAGAAUGCGAAAAUGCAUAUUUGAAUGUCAAUUUUGAAGGCAAGGUCAUCGCCUACAAUUCGAAUCGUGACGUCGCGUGGGAGAUGCAAGGUGAUGUGUGCGCAGCCCAGGUCGGUUCUUGUGUCCGAGGGCUAGAGCUUCGCGACAAUGGUCUAAUAUUUGUUGGAGGCAAGCGCAUUCGCUCAAUCCGUGUUCCUGACAAAUCUGUAUCGAUCACGCCUUGGCCUUUCGCCGAAAAGCCGCACUUAAAGAUUUCGAGAAAGUAGAACCUUAGUGAAGGCAAACGCGCAGGUAUGAAGUGUGAUCUGGAUGAAGUUGAUGUAUUUGUGGAUCAGUGUGUAUGUGUUUAUCAGUUGUGACAGGAGUCUAUUUAGAAUAUGCUAGUCUUCAAAUACACUUUU